AUGGGGGAGAAAGUAGCUACUGGAUCGAAGACCAAAACAAAAAGACUGAAAAUAACAAAGAAGCAAGUUAAAAAUGAAAGGAAUGACAGCGAUACAGUAUCAGAUAACGAUUGGUUUCCGGACGGCGCUAAUAAGAAGAAGAGAAUUUAUAGAAAAAAAUCACAGGAUUCGCCGGCGGAACUAGAAAAGAAGAAACCAGUGAAAAAGAGAAAACGAAAUAAUGAAAUAGAAGAUAAAGAUACAACAUUUAUUAAAUCAGAGAUAUCUUUUAAAUCUGAAGAUAUUGAUAUUGAAAAAUCAGAUCUUAAAAAAUUUGUUAAUCUCAACGAAGUACCAGAACCUGUUAAUUGCAAACAAUGCGGUCAAACUUUUCAAACGCAUAUUGAUCUUGGAAUGCACUCUAUAUGUCAUUCUAAAGAUAACUUAUACACCUGUCAUAUGUGUGACUUUUCCAAAGAUAAAAAAUCCGUUUUCAAAAAUCAUAUCCGAAGCCACGAUCUUUGGAAAUGCGAAAAAUGCGGCAAAAUUUUCAAAAUUAAAAGAUGCGCUUACAAACAUUCAAAAACUCAUAACGCGAAAAGCUUCGUACAAUGCGAAAUAUGCGGUAAAGACGUACGAAACGUUUAUUUAGAUACACAUAAAAAAUUGGUUCACGCCGAUGAAAAAAAUAUUCAAAUUUACAAGUGUCAUCUUUGCGAUAAAGCUUAUAAAAACUCAACCGCACUCAAAGGGCAUUACUCCUAUAAUCACAAGGAAUAUGGCGUUGACACGUCAGUAAUUUGUGAUAUUUGCGGUAUGAGAUUGUCCUGUAAAGGCAAAUUAGGUCAGCAUUUAAGGACCCACACUGGAGAUAGACCUUUCCCGUGUACUAUUUGUCCGAGAAAGUUCAUUUCCAAAGAUAUUUUAAGAGCUCACAUGAGGGUUCAUACCGGUGAAAAACCUUACGUUUGUAUGUAUUGCGGUAAGAAGUUCGCCCAUGGCGCUCCCUAUCGGAAGGAACGCAACAAUAAAAGCCGAAGGAGAAAAUUCAACAAAGUCACUAAAAAAUCUCGUAAAGUGAUACAUAAAAAACCUAUAGUAGAACCAGUAAUUUUAAAUCAAGCCUUAGAAUGUAAAAAAUGCUUUAAAUACUUUCCCAAUAACGUAGAUUUCGCCCUUCACUCCGUCGAACACAGCGAAAAUAACGAGUAUCAAUGCCACUUGUGUGAUUUCAAACUCAAAUCCGUAUACCGUUUCGAAAAACAUAUCAGAUGUCACGAGGGCUCAAAUUUGUACAAAUGUGGAAUGUGUGACAAGACUUUCAAGAUAGGUACUCACGCUUUAGAGCAUGUUUACUUCCAUACAGGUGAAAAACCUUUUCCGUGUGAAAUAUGCGGUAAACGUUUCAUGUAUAGUCGUUUACUAAGCGCCCAUAGGCGUUUAUCCCAUUAUUCGGUCUUAACCGGUAAGCCCCUCGUUAAAUACGAUUGUAAAAUAUGCGGCAAGCAUUACGAAUCAUACCCAGGUUUACAAAGGCACAUGUUCAGCAAGCAUGACGAAUCCGGGAUCGACCGUUCUGUAAUGUGCGAUGUUUGUGGCAAAAAAAUUAAAAACAAAGAUAAACUGAAGUUUCAUCUGAGGAUUCAUAGUGGAGAUAAACCGUUUUCUUGUGUUAUUUGUGGUAAGAAAUUUGCUAAAAAAGAUUUUCUUCAAGCUCACAUGCCUGUUCAUACUGGUGAAAAACCUUUUUCAUGUAAAGAUUGUGGUAAAACAUUUGCACAUCGUGCUCCAUUGUGGUACCACAAGAAAACUCAUACCGGCGAAAAGCCCAAUGUUUGUAGGUUUUGUGGAAAAGGCUUCAUUUCUAAACCUGCCAUGGAUAGUCAUACAAGGAGCUGUAGAAAAGCUGCUUGA